AUGAAAGUAAUAUUCUAUGAGUUUGACCCUCUGUUUGUUUACGAGGACCCGACAUUUAAAAGCUACCAUGUUUUUCUUAAAGUUACUCCAACCACAGGAGUAAGUAGGGCAAUCAAAGCGAAGAAGUUGAAUUUUCAAUAUAUCGGUCCAUUCCAGAUACUGGAGAGGGUUGGACCAGUGGCGUAUCGGAUGGCUCUACCACCCCACCUUUCAAACCUGCACGACGUAUUUCACGUAUCGCAGCUUCGGAAGUAUACUCCUGAUUCUAGCCAUGUGCUAGAACCUAAAUCUGUUCAAUUAAAAGAAGAUUUGAUGCUUCCAGUGGCUCCGGUCAGAAUUGACGAUACGAGUAUCAAAUGGUUGCGUAGAAAAGAUGUUUCGUUAGUCAAAGUGGUAUGGAGUCAAGCCGGUGUUGAGAUUUUUGGCUCUUUGAUGUUAUAG